AUGAGUUCUGAAGAUUUUAUUAGAGGUUCAACUGCUUUAUCUGUUGGUGACUAUGAUUAGGCUGUAGCUCUUUUGACUUAAUCAUUAGUAGCCAACUAAUCUUAUGAUGCUUUAGUUCAAAAAGCUAGGGCUUUAACUGAAUUAAAUAAUUUAGAAUCUGCUUUAGCUGACUCAACAAGUGCUAUUGCUCUUGAUGGAGCUCGUCCUGAAGCCUACUUUGUUAAAGGUACUGCUCUUUUCAGAAAGGGUGAUAUUAAGGGAGCUCAAGCUGAAUUAUAGCAUGCUUUUGAAAGAUCUUCUAGCUCACUUUAAAAUGUAGUAAAAAGAUGGUUAAAUAAAUGUGAAGCUGAACUUUCUAACAAGGAUUUCAAAGGUUCUGUCCCUGUUUCAGCUUCUUCAACCAAUACCACCAAUACCACUACUACUACCACCACCACAACUAACACAACAACUUCAAACACUACUGAAGAAGUAAAGCACUCUGAUAAGCCUAAGGUUGCAGACAUUUUGAGUGGAACUGGUAAGAUUGCUUACACUUGGUAUUAGACCACUAAGAGCGUUGGUAUUGAAAUUAAUCACUCACUUUAAAGAAAGGAAGACUUAAAGACCAUAUUCGAAGCUAAGAAGGUCGAUAUUUCUUUCCCCAUUGGAAAUGGAUCUGAUUAUGAUUUGACAUUAGAUUUGUUUGACGAAAUCGUCCCUGAAACAGUUAAAGUAACUGUCCAUUUGUCUAAGAUAGAAAUUGUCAUGGAAAAGAAGAAACCUGAUCAAAGUUGGAAGAGCUUAAAUGGUACUGUUAAGUUUGAAGAAAUCCCUACUGCCAAAACCGAAACUAACUAGACUGAAGCCAAGAAGGUUGUUGUGUAGGCCGCUAAUCCCCCAUCUUACCCCACAUCCUCUCUCAAGAAAAAAAAUUGGGAUAAGAUUGACAUGGAAAUUGAGGAAGACAUGAAAAAAAAUAAGAGCGAAUACUUGAUCAGCGAUGAUCCUAUGAAGGGUAUUUUCAAAUAAAUUUAUGAUGCUUCUGAUGAAAACACUAAGAGAGCCAUGAUGAAAUCAUAUCUUACUUCAGGUGGUACUGUCUUAUCCACAAACUGGGACGAAGUAAAAGAUAAGGACUACGAAGGUAAAGAUAGACCCGAAGCUCCCAAAGGCCAAGAAUGGAGAAAGUGGGAAAAAUGA